GCACUUUUCGAGUAACUAUAGUCUAAAGUAAAAAAGAAAAGUUUUAACAACACAAGAUCACCUCCUUUCCGGUUUGUCUUGGCAAUAGAAGAACGCCAUGGGAACUGGGUCGUUUGACUUGUUUGCAUUUUCACCUACCAUAGCACUGUGGUUCCCAAACAAUGCAUUAUGCUCUUUUGUCACAAACACCGAAAGCAGGACCCGUCUUGCAUUUUACAAGCUCCAUUUCACCCAUUGCUAGGGGUGGGCAAAUAUGGUUUCGGCAUCUACCGAAUCCGAUAUUUCAGUACCUAUACUUAUUCUGUAAUUGAGUUUUUACUUUCAAAUACAUUAGAUCCAUAGCAUGAAUGAACAAACCAACUAUCACAAAUCCAAGCAAAUUUGAAGCAUCCAAAUUUCAAUAAAUGUCAGGGUUUCAAUUAAAUGACUAAAUUUUAGAAAUUUCUUGAUUUAUAGUUUUUAAUGAAAUCGUAAAUAAAAACAAUUAUCAUAAUUUGAGAAUAUUUUACCUGUUUUAGCUUGAAUGCAGAUAUGGAACCUAUCCUUGUAACAGAGUCUCGAAACCAGAAUUUAGAAGUGCAAUCGAAGAAGAAAGGAUCGUGUUACGAACUCGAAAUCAAAUCUGGAACCAAGAUUAGGUUUGGUGUUUCUAAUAUUAGUAUAUCACAAUUGGAAAAGGGGAGAAAAAGGUUAUGACUACCACCAGGUGGUGGUAGUGAUAAGCAGAGAAGAUGACAAAGGAGAUUGAGAGCUAGAAAAAGGAGAUUGAUUUUCAAGAGAAUGUGAAAAAAUACAAGUGUAAAAGCUUUUAUAAUUGAGAAAAUUUGAUAAAAGUUCAUGAAAGAUUAGGCAAGAAUGGAGGGAAAUUGAUCUUUGGAGUUGUAGCUUUGGUAGGGAAAUUGAUCUUUGGGGUUGGUGCUUUGGAGGGAUUUUUUCCAGAAGGGAAAGUGUAAAUGACGAAGGUGAAGGCGGUACGAUAAAGAGAAGAGGAUCUCACAAAUGGGUAAUUGGAUCGAUGAGCUGUGGCAAUGGACAUUAAACUGGAGACGACCGUUGUACGAGUGAGAGGAAGACAUCUAUGUUGAAUUGCAGACCUUACUCAAUCAAGUUCAACCAACCAAAGAUAGCAAGGAUAGUUGGAUGUGGACGCACACUAAAGAAGGAAACUACUUAGUCAAAUCAGCUUAUACCCUUCUUUCCAACAACAACCGAGAUAGCAGAACUCAAAUGCACAAAAGCACAUGGAGCAAACUUAUUCCUACUAAAAUCAGUGCGUUUGGUUGGCAAGUCUUGCAGGAUAAAAUUCCUACAAAGCUUAAUCUAUAUAAGAGGGGAAUCAUAACUGAUCCUAGCCUGAUUAUGUGCGGUAUGUUUGGAGGUAGUAUUGAAGAUACCAACCAUCUUUUCAUUCACUAUAAAGUUGCUUUUAUGGUCAGAAGUAAGUGUGCACAAUGGUGGAGGUUCCUCUCAAUCCAACUCGAGACUUGCCAAGAUGAUUUUGAACAACAUAGACCCCUUGUCAAAGACUGUUCCGUGAGAGUUGGGUGGGAUGUAGUAUGGUUCUCCAUCGUAUGGUCAUUGUGGCUAGCAAGAAAUGCAAAGAUUUUCAGGAACCAGGAGCAAGAGACUGACAGAAUUUUUGAGCUCGUUCGAUUAAAGGCCCUCAAUUGGAUCAAGGGCAGGACAACAUGCUACUCUUUCACCUUUCAUGAUUGGAUGCUGGAACCUGUCCUAUGUCUUAAAGAUAAAAGAGGUACACAUUAAGUUUUACCUCCAUGAUAUGCAGGUUGUUGUUAUUGUCACUUAGUGGUUGUUUGACUGUGGCUACCUUUUCACUGGUAUAUGUCCCUAUUCUUAUGUUAGCUGGUAUUUAUCCUGGUAUUUUGUUAUCCUACAAGGUCUAAUGAUUUUGCCAUUGAGCAAUUAGUUGACUUUGGCUAAUUCUUUUGUUGGUACAUAGUGGUCAAUUUUAUGCUAGCUGAAGUCAAUGGAUGCUCAGUGAUAAUCUAUUUUGUAACACGGGCAGGAGUACCCCUUGUACUCCAUUAAAUAAAUUUCUUUUGCUAUG